ACCUUUGACUCAUUGACGUCCACUAUCUCUCUCUCUCUCCUAAAUACGCGGUUUUAGAUACUUAUCCUCCAACUUCCCCAUCCUAAACGACAGUCUGAAACAAAGACCAACGCAAACCUCUCCUUCUGACACUGUCUUAUCGAUUCUCGCAGCUCUCUUUGAAUCAAGCACAGAGGAAAGGAAGAAGAAGAGAAUAUCGAGGAAUGGAGAACUCCAAGAACCACAAUGGUCUCGGAGUCAACAAGGUCAUCAAGAAGGAGGCCGCAGCCGUCAACCGCGGGCCGCCACUCCCGCGCCAGCCGCGCGUCUACAACAUCCGCAGUAGCGACUUCCGGUCAGUGGUUCAGCAGCUCACCGGCGCCUCCUCUGCCCUUCCUCGCCCGCGCCGCCUCAACCAGUCCCGUCCCCCGCCGCUACAGGCUCCCGUUCCUCCCCGCCCCGCCCCUCUCGCGCCGCCACCCGCCGAGUCUCCCUUCUCCGCCUACUUGCGCUUCCUGGAGACCUCCCUCCUCCACUCCGACGGGCCCCGCCGCGCCGCCGCCUCGUCCCUUCAUCCUCCUUCUCCGCCGCCGCUCGACCUUCAGUCGCCCAGCGAGUUCUUGCACCUGCAGUCACCUGGGUUCCUCCACCCUCAGCUGCCUCUCUCUCCCAGCAACCCGUUCUCGCCGCUGGCCUUUCAACCUCUGCCGCCGCCGUCGCCGGACGUGCUCUUCCCUCGGUCUCCUAUCUGGAAGGAUCUGUAACAUGUUUCUUGCAUCCGUUGGUUGAUUGGGAGUACGAAGGACGAAAUCUUCCCAUUA